CCGGCCCGCUAGGGGCUUUUCCUGAACAAGCAGCGGCCCUUGUUUGAGAACCAGUGGGUUAGAGCACUCUCCUGUUGCACUUUGUGAGAAAUACUUAAAAUAGUCACUGGGCCAAAGAGAGAGAGAGACUAUACCCAAUGGGUAGUGGGAAACCUGGAUUGAAGCAGGGCUUUGGAGAGGAGCCCGGAGCAGUGGAGCUGCAGGUUUUUGCCUGGAGCUGGAGCGGAGCCGGAGCACAGAAAAUCUUGACUGCUCCAGGUUUUUUUUUUUUUCCAAUCCAAAAGGAAUGAUAUUUAGCAAGAAAGUCCUAAAGGUGCCAAAAAGUUUCAGAUUGUAUAACAAUUGGUAUUAACAUCUACUUUACCACUUUACGUACUAUGUCACAGUUAUUCUCACUUCGGCUGAAAUCAAGAUUUAAUGUACAGAUACAAAAUUACAAAGUUUUUUUGAGAUGUUUUAUUAAAGAAUCAGAUAAUUAUCAGACAUCUGGCAACACCGCAGACUGCUCCCACCCUUGUGCCAAGGUUAGGCAAGUACGUACUUGUGUAGAUUAGUUAGAUUAGUAUGUGUUGAUACUUCUUUUGUAAGGGUUGAUCAAUGAGAUGCGCUGAGUGCUGCGAUUACGGAAAAGUUUGAUACAAGACGCAACAUAAGAUAUCACAAACAGAAGAUCAUAACAAGAAACAUUUGGAUGCGGUAGCAGCACAAGAAGAUUUGGCCAUAGCUUCAACAAAAAAAUCAAAUCUGCCCCCCAUGAUUGAUAGCCGAUUUACGGAAAAGGAUCUCAACGACGUCUUUACUUUUGAAUUUGAAAAGCCCAAAUUUGGGCUUUUGGGAAAAGCAAAGAAGAAAUCGGCAAUGUGCAAGGUGGAAAAGGAAGUGAAUGGCGAGCUCAAACCAUGUAGCUUCAAGAGAAAUGAAGCAAGUUCCAUGAAACAUUUCAACCUUUGGUGGCAUGUAAAAUGUAACCAUCCUGAAAACUAUGUGGCUCUGGUUACAAAAAAGGGCCAGGAAGAUGAGGCAAAACAGAAAGCUGAUGCGGCUAAAUGACGUUCAUCUGGCUCUUUGAAAACUCCUGGAGAAAAGAUUUUUUGCGGAGCUUCAUCUGAAAAGAAACCCACAAUUGAGCAAACAAAACUUGACUCCUAUUUGAAGUCCUCAAAGGUUACAGUCACCAUGGAUGCCAAUACUUUCCGUGAAGGGCUGAUGGAAAUGGUUUGCUUGAGUUCAACACUUCUCACUACCUUCAGGCUAAAGAACAAAGGAUUCCAAAAAAUUCCAAGGGGAUAUGGGUCGGCAGCUUGGCGUUUCAACGGGACACGAUGUGGUUCAUCAUUUAGUUGUCAGCACCGCUGCGUCUGGUCGCAAAGAGCUCAAGAAAGCUUUGGAGCAAAAAUUGUGCUACCUGAAAAUAGAUGCGGCAAUCCGUGGAAACAGAAAUUUUCUUGCAAUCAAUGCUCAGUACUACGAAAAAGGAAAAGAUAAAGCUGUGGUAAAAACCUUGGACAUAAUCGACAUUGAAGGGCGUCACAAUUCUUCGUACAUGAAAAGUCAAGUAAAAGCUAUUUUAGAAAAAUUUGGGAUCAGUGAAAUGCAAGUGCUGAGCAUCUGUGUGGACAAUGCAGCAAACAUGACGUGUGCCGUCAAAAAUUUCAGCGAGGACAAUGAAACCAUUUCUACCUCUGAGAACAGGGAUGUGGACAGAACUGAAGCUAUUUUGCCUGAUGAAGGAACUAAAGGAAUGGAUGAAAUUGAACUCAACAUGGAUGCUGCUGCACAAUGGGUUAAUGACCCUAGCCUCAUACUUCCAACAUGGCUUCUUGAGGACGACUCAAAAGUCCAACUGAUGAGGUGUGGUAUUCACACUCUUCAGUUGGCAAUCUGGGAUGGACUGAACCAAGAACAUGCAAAGAAAUUUCUGGCAAAAAUUCGACAAGACGUUGUCAAACUACGAACUCCAAGUAUUCAAACUGUCCUGCUUGAGCUACAUGGGGUAACUCGAUCAUUGGAUACUGUGAUUCGCUGGGGUUCAACAUUUGCAAUGAUUGAUCGGCUUCUCGUUUUUCAAUCUUACUGUGAACAAGUGGCUGCUGCUGGAACAAGAGAAUUCAAGUUAACAAAAGCUGAAUGGGACAAAGUGAAGAACCUGCGAGACCUCUUGGCAAAGCCAAACCAAACAGCUGUGAAUCUUCAACCUGUCGAUGUAACCCAGGGAGUUUUAAUGAAGGAAUGGCGAAAACUGUCAAAAUUCUUGCAAGAAAAUGGUGGACAAAUUGCAGAAGGAAUUCUAUCCUCCAUGCAGAAACACGAAGAGAAACUUUUUGACAAUAUUCAUUUCCUUGCUGGAGUUUGUUGACCCACGGCAUUGGAUUCUUCUUACCUCAAGGGAAAUACCAAAGGCAAAGGAAGGGCUCCUUGAUAUUGCUCGAUGACUCGAAAAACAAAAUCUAUUGCUACGUUUGAACUCGGCAAAAGAGGUUGAAGAAAAUGAAAUACAACAAAAGGAGUCAUCAAUAAUCGCAUUUGCGGUUUCGGAAAGUUCACAUCCUUCAGAAAUAGCAGGCUGUUCUCAAACUUCCGUCUCCACUCUGAACUUGUUCAAGUGUCUAUCCCUGAGACGUCUUCAACAAUCACGGGGAAAUGGAGAUAAUUCAAGCAUCAAUUCUUCAGAAGAUGACGACUUCGAAAAGGAAUUGGAUUAACAAGAAAGAUGCCGGCGAGUUUCUUUGAUUCAUAAUUGUAAUGAAGCAUUAUUCGAGAGAAACUUUCGGGAAGAUUGUGAUGCGAUGGAGUCUAUUGGUAGGCUAAAAGUUAAGUCUGUUUUUGAGGCCAUUCACAGCUACCUACACCACAUUCAGGCUGCCUGUAGAAUUGCUUCGAGCAUGCCAACAACUCGAGCUAGUGUAGAGUGACUGUUUUUGGCUUUAAAGUUAAUUUUAAAUGAUUUGCGGCUGGCUAUGAAAGACUACUUGAUUGCUGCAAUAAUUUUUUACAGAAUGUAUUAUGAAUGAUUCUAGUUUGUAUCAUUGUUGAUGACAUUUAAAUUGUUUUAAAAGUCUGA